AUGUCGAAUCAGUGCAUUCUUAGAAUCACCCGCGAGUUGGGCGAGAUCCAGCGUGGCUCCGACCUCUCGAUAGCAGUCGCCUGCCGCGAUAUCGAUGUGCGCCAUGUGCGGGCAUUGAUUAUAGGCCCCCCCGAUACACCAUACGAGUUUGGCUUCUUCGAAUUUGCCGUCAAGUUCACCCGAGACUAUCCCACCAAAGCACCAGGUGUGACGGCCAUAACUACAAACGGAGGGCGCACGCGCUUCAAUCCCAACAUCUACGCUGGCGGAAAGGUGUGCCUUUCGAUUCUUGGAACAUGGCGAGGAGAGCGUGGCGAAGAAUGGUCAUCCGCACAAGGACUCGAAUCGAUCCUAAUCUCCAUCCAGAGCCUCAUGUCUGGUAACCCGUACGAGAAUGAGCCCGGCUUUGAAGACGCAAACUCCGACUACGACAAGAAGAACCAAGAGGCAUAUGUGGACAAAAUCCGGCACGAAUCUCUCCGCAUAUCGGUUGUGGAGCGGCUCGAGGAGUACUUGGGCAUCAACCGACAGAGGCCUGGCGUGACAAUCUACAACGCUGAAGAAGACUACCAGUCCAGCAGAGAUGACGCGCCGUUUGAACCGUUUCAGGAUCUCUGUAAGCGGCGUUUCUUGUGGUACUACCAGUCCUACCUAUCUCGGGUCGACGAGGCGGUCAAGCACAACAAGGACGGAGAUCGAUUCGAGAAGAUGCCAUUCGAAGGCCCAGGCAAUACUAUGGAAGGUACCUUCCAGUACACCAGUCUUAGGGAGCGUCUAGUAAAGAUUUUCGAGACUCUCAACACGGAAAUGGAGUCCUGGGCCUUGGAAGGCAUGUCGGCUGUUAACAAAGAGAUGAGCAUUGCCAACAAUCUCCAGCGACAGUACGAACAGAUUGUCGAGAAAUACAAGAAGCAGGAUGCGAUUGCCCUGGACCUCGAUCUGGUCGACAAGAAUCCGUUUGUAUGGCAGUUGGUUCUCUUUGGCCGGCCGAUGACAAACCUCGACGGAGGCAUGUUCAGGAUCAGACUCUACAUCAGCCCCAAGUUCCCGGAUGUGCUGCCGCGUGUGAGAUUCGAAACGCCCAUUCUGUACCACCACCGUGUAUCUCCCGACGGAAUCCUCUGUUACGAUGCUGCGCGUAAGGACGACAUGCGAUCACACAUUGAAGCGAUUAUUGCGGCUAUUGAGGAGGAAUCGCCUGCAUACGAUCCGCGUACGCUAGUGAACCCUGAGGCCGCGAAGCUUUUCUGGGGUACUCCAGACGAAAAGAAGCUCUACAACCGUCGCUUGAGGCGGUCCGCGCAAGACAGCGCCGAAAAUUGCUUCUAGUAGGAAAACAAAAGAACGGGGCGAAUGGAUCAUUGAUUUAACGGCCGGUCGCAUCACUUAUGGAAUUACAUGAUACCCCAAGUCUGACCAAGGCUUGCAUUACACGGCGUUCGUGGGCUCUUGGCAUGGUCGUAUGGCAAAUGGGCGGUUCAGGGUAUGGCGUUUGUCAGUCACGGAUAGUCGAAUUCAUCAU